AAUUGGAGGUGCAGAAAUUGAAGCCAUUUACUGGAAAUUAAAAUGGAGAAAAUGGAGGGUGGUGAUUCCCUAUAUCUGCAGCUUCACAAGCUAUCAGCAGUAGCAACAAAGGAAGAAGAUGUUGAGCACAUCCUUACUUCUCUCUGGAAAAACAGAAGAACCGCUCUCCCUUCUCCCCUUAAAUCCCGCUUUCAAUCUCUCCUCGAUCUCCCUUCCCUUCCUCAACUCGAUCCCGUUUUGGCAUGCCUUCGUUCGAUUAUCAGAAAAUGUGUACAUGAGAAUAUGAGUAGUGAUGAGCUGCUGAAGCUGUUUCCACCUGAUUUAUCCCUUGAGUUGCAAACCACUCUUAUCAAUUUGCUCCACAAGUAUCAAAUUCAAUGGAAGCAGGAUGAUUUAGCUACAACCGAACAGCAUUCGUUGCCGAGGGCUAGUGUUUUUGGGAUUAGUGGUCCGCCGUCGUUUACGGCUGAGGUUCCGACGCAGCUUUGGCCUCGUCAAGAUGAUACUAAUGGACGUUUUAAUCAUAAUGGUUUUGAGGAGCCUACGUCAAUGAUUGCUGAAACUGCUGCCUCAGUUUUUGCCCAACAUAAUGUUACUCCUCUUGACAACAUGGCUAAUGUACCUCGCCUCAAAUCAAUGACAUGGACCACAGAGAAUCGCAACCCUUCAUCAGCUAAUAGAGUUGCCAUCAUAACUCUCAAGCUUCAAGAUUACAGUAAGUCUUCUUCAGGAGAAACGGAAGUGAAAUUUCAGCUUGGUAGAGACACGCUUGAAGCUAUGUUAAGAUCAAUGACCUACAUCAAUGAGCAGCUUUCUAGCAGGGUUGGGAGCUCUUCUGGACCAGCUCAGAAGAAGCAAAAGCAGUAGAUCCAUGGGAGCUCUUCUGGACCAGCUCAAAAGAAGCAAAAACAAUUUCUUUUUGGCCAGGUUGGGAGCUCUUCUGGAUUCAUUCAGUUGCUUCUUGUGCCAAAAAUUCUUCAAUUGGGGUGACCAAUCAAAAGUGCAUUACACGAGCCAUGCCCUAUUGUUUAGAGUAUUUUUAGCAGGAUAGGUAUAAUUUCUGCAAAAUCUGUGCUCCUAGUUUGGGUGUCCUAGUUUCCUAAAACUUUGGCUGCCUGCUCGUUUGAGGGUGUAUUCUAUUUUCUAUGGAAACCAAAAUCCCCAUUUUAGGAUCUAUGAUCGUGGGACAAGAAAAUGCUAAGAAUAAUAGUGUUUCCCUUAGUG